AUAGGCUCGAUGCAUCGAUUUGCUCACAUUUCUUGGGUGUUUUUUUAAAAGCGUGAAAAACGCUUAUUAAACUAUUUAAGCCGCGUCACAAGCAGAAAAGUGCAGCUAACCGUUUCCCGUGCGCGACGCAGUCGAGGAUUAGUUCGCCUACUAAGUCGAAGAGCCAAGAAAACAUCUAAAAAAAACGCAGCAGCCACAGCUCAGUGUUAUUGAGCGAGAGGGGGCGCAGCGGAUAGGGUGUGUUUGCGUGUGUGUGUGAGGGCGCCGUGUGUAUGUGUGCACCAGUGAGUGGGCAGAGGCAGCGGCAGAGGAGUAGCGCCAGCAGCAGCAGCAGCGGAUGUUGCUCGUUGCCCGGACCCCGCAGAGAAUACCAGGAAACGCAAAUCUAAGCGACAGGCACACAACAAAUAAACACUGGAAACCCAAGCCGCGGCCGUAGACAAGGCCUCCUGGAACAGCAUAGCACAGCAGCAGCCGCAGCCGCGUCGGUGACCGCACCCUAAUGUCAAAUAGCCAAGCGAAUGCCGGCAGCAGCUGUAGCGCGGUAGCGGAUGAGUCCAUCCAGCAGCACACCCCGGUUGCCCCUGUGGCAGCCCCAACGAAUGCAUCCUGUCCAGCCACGCCAGCAUCGACACAGCAGCAGCAGCAGGCACCGCCGCACAUAGUCGGUGCCUCAACAGCUGAUGCGGCCAGUGGCGUUACGGUCGCUGUUGGCGUUGGCGAGGGCGUCGGAGUCGGCGCUAAUUUGGACUCGUCACCCCGGGAAUCCGGCGAUGACUCGGAGGACGAGAGCGAGAUCCUGGAGGAGUCGCCUUGCGGACGCUGGUUGAAGCGCCGCGAGGAGGUAGACCAACGCGAUGUGCCCGGAAUCGACUGUGUUCAUCUGGCCAUGGACACCGAGGAGGGCGUGGAGGUCGUGUGGAACGAGGUGCAAUAUGCCAGCCUACAGGAGCUGAAGUCACAGGAGGAGAAGAUGCGGCAGGUGUUCGAUAACCUGCUGCAGCUCGACCACCAAAACAUCGUCAAGUUCCACCGCUACUGGACGGAUACGCAGCAGGUGGAACGACCACGGGUCGUCUUCAUCACGGAGUACAUGUCGUCCGGUUCGCUGAAACAGUUCCUCAAGCGCACCAAGCGCAAUGCCAAGCGCCUGCCGCUGGAGUCGUGGCGCCGCUGGUGCACCCAGAUCCUCUCCGCACUCAGCUAUUUGCAUUCCUGCUCGCCGCCCAUCAUCCAUGGCAACCUAACCUGUGAUAGCAUCUUCAUCCAGCACAACGGUCUGGUCAAGAUCGGCUCAGUGGUACCGGACGCGGUCCACUACAGUGUUCGGCGGGGCCGAGAACGGGAGCGUGAACGCGAGCGGGAGCAGGAACGCGAACGCGGAGCUCACUACUUCCAGGCACCGGAGUACGGCGCCGCCGAUCAGCUGACAGCCGCCCUCGAUAUCUACGCCUUCGGGAUGUGCGCCCUGGAGAUGGCCGCCCUGGAGAUCCAGCCCAGCAACAGCGAGUCAACUGCCAUAAACGAGGAGACCAUUCAGCGCACAAUUUUUAGCCUGGAAAGCGACCUGCAGCGCGAUCUAAUUCGAAAGUGUUUAAGCCAGCAGCCGCAGGAUCGGCCCAGCGCCAACGACCUGCUCUUUCAUCCACUGCUCUUUGAGGUACACUCUCUCAAACUGCUGACCGCCCAUUGUCUGGUCUUUUCGCCCGCCAACCGCACCAUGUUCUCGGAAACCGCCUUCGACGGACUAAUGCAACGCUACUACCAGCCGGACGUGAUAAUGGCUCAGCUGCGGAUGGCUGGCGGACAGGAGCGGCAGUAUCGCCUUGCCGACGUUUCCGGUGCUGACAAGUUGGAAAAGUUUGUCGAGGACGUAAAAUACGGGGUUUAUCCGCUAAUAACGUACAGCGGCAAGAAGCCGCCCAAUUUUCGGUCGCGGGCCGCCUCUCCGGAGCGGGCUGACUCGGUAAAAUCCGCCACACCAGAGCCAGUGGACACAGAAUCGCGACGCAUUGUUAACAUGAUGUGCAGCGUGAAGAUCAAGGAGGACAGCAAUGACAUAAUUAUGACAAUACUGCUGCGCAUGGAUGACAAGAUGAACCGGCAGCUGACAUGCCAGGUGAACGAGAACGAUACGGCGGCGGAUCUCACCAGCGAACUGGUGCGCCUGGGCUUCGUACACCUGGACGACCAAGACAAGAUCCAGGUGCUGCUAGAGGAAACGCUUAAAGCGGGUGUCAUGAGCGACGGUGCCGGGGCGGAGAGCUCAGGUGCUGGUGUAACCACUACUGCGACCAUGGCGGCCCUGCAGCAGCUAGAGCGCAACUGGUCAAUUUCCUCGGACGCGGACAAGCAGACAACUGCCGUAAUGUAUGUGUCUCAGGAGCAGCACCCGGAUCCAGAUGCGGAUUUGGAGCAGUCGGGCACGACGAGCAAUUAGAAGAGUAUCAGCUUAGUAUUCAGGGGCAGGUCGGCCGGCGCGUAUUGUUUUUAUUAUAUUGGGAAUUACACAUUACGAUUUUAUUACUA